GUUACAUUGCUUUACCUUUUGAAUUUGAUACAUGGACUCAUCGUAGAAAAAUGACUUCUGUCUUACGAUUUACCUUCUUCGUGGUUUGUGUGGUGUGCGGCACUGUAUUUUCGUUACCAUGUUUAACAAACAAAUCCAAGCAAGAUUUUAACAAAGCCAGAAACGCAUUAAAAAGCCUUGAAAACUACCUGAAAAGCCAAGCCAAUUCUAUCAAGUACAAGGUACAGGCUUUAGACAAGGACAUGACCUCGAUGGAAGAGGACUUCAAACGUAGACAAUGGAUAAAGUACAACAAACACUGUUAUUAUAUUGGAGAUGACAGUGUUAGAUGGACGGAUGCAGAGAGAAAAUGCAGAGAGAUCGGUGGAUAUUUAGUGAAGAUUGAUGAUUCGUCAGAAAAUAAUUGGAUAAAACAGCAAAUAAAUAAAAGCAGCAGAAGAACAAAUUUCUGGCUGGGGUCUACAGAUGUUGUCAACGGUGACUGGCGAUGGAUAUAUGAUCAAACUCAGUUAAGCUAUAAGAACUUUGCUUCAAGUAGACCUUUUCCAACCAGUCAUUCAUACUCCAACUCGUAUAACUGUAUUGGAACACAUUACAGCAAUGGUAAAUGGUACGACCUCCCAUGUCAGAACCACUAUCUCUAUGUCUGUGAAAGUAAUUUCUGCUUCCAAUAAUGACGAAUGUGUUUCCGCUAACAGCAGACGACAGAAUAAAUAUUUUUCAAUAAAGUAUCAUUACUACCACAUAAUUCUGUUGUGAAGUUCAUGAAGUUAAAACAAGUCCCCUUAUAUAUGAAAAUAAGGAGCUAUGAUAUACACAUUCUAAACAAAUUUCAGCUCUAUGUCUCUAAACUUUCAAAGUUCCGGAAGUUCAUUGGACUUAAUUUUUCAGGUUCAAUAGAACAAAAUUUCAGUUAUAUUUUGAAAACAGGUCUAAAGAUCCGAUUGCUAAGGCCGAGAGAAAAAAAAUCUGUGUUUCCGGUAACCCGACCGACCCUGUUUUUUUUUUUAGCCCCGACCCUAAUUUUUUUAUUGAAUCUUCAAAAAAAAAAAAAAAAAAAAGUAUCAACCGACCCUAUUUUUGACACAGGCUUCUGUUAAUCGACAUAAUACACCUUAUCGCUAUUUAGUCCAAUCCGGAAAAAAACAGUCAUUUAGACAACUUCCUGUUUGGGUCAACAGGCCGCAAACAAAGGUCAUCAGUAACGAGCUGAGGGAGGGAAAAAUUAAGAAAGCGAUCAAUAGGAAACUUUGAUAGAUUAUGAUCCACUUUUUCCAAACUCAAAUUAUAGUCAAAAAAAUAUUGUGUUUGAAGUAUUUACGAUGUUUUAAACAGGUCUCAUUAAAAAGUAUCAUGCAUGGUGCAUUGUUUAAACAGGGUCCCAGAUAGCUUCAACUGGAUGAAAAAGUUGUGUAAUUUUAGAACUUAUCCGGAAUGGAAAAAAUAGCGAUGAGGUGUAUUAUUUAUCUAACUUGCUUCUACUGGCACAGAAAGCCAGUAAAACAUUUUAUUUAUGUCAAAGGGUAUUCCAAAUAGGUUAAAUCCAAGAAAUUUGCACAGCAGGUGCUUCAAAAACAUUGCAAAUGGCCGCACUUCCGGUAUUUGAAACUAAUUACGGACACGGACUUGGAAAAACCAUGAUAAUUUUCCGGAUUUCGUUUACAAUGUCAAAAAAAAAAAAAAAAAAAAAAAAAAAUCCGACCAACCGACCCUAUUUUUCAAAAUGAUGUUACCGGAAACACAGAUUAUUUUUUUUUAGGCCUAAU